AUGCUGCCCCCUCAUCCAAGCGCUGCUCUUCGAUUGCUGAACAAGUUUGCGCGGUCUCGGCCGGUGCUGCUGGACCUCAGGUCUUCAGAUGUAUUAAUUACGAGUGCUGUCGCGGCAGCUUUAUUCACGGAUAGCUUUCUUUACACAGUGGUUGUUCCGGUUAUCCCAACUGCUUUGCGUGUGAGGGUCGGCCUGUCCGAGGGAGACCAACAAAAAUGGACCUCGAUCUUGCUUAGCUUAUAUGCUGCAGCUCUACUCCUUGCCUCUCCACCCCUUGGAUACCUCGCAGACCGUAUGUCUUCGAGACGAGUCCCAUUGCUGCUUGGUCUUGUCGCGCUGGCAGCGUCAACCGGCCUUCUCUGUAGUGGAACGACGGUCGGGCUAUGGGCUGCCGGACGAUUCUGUCAGGGGCUUUCAGCAGCCGUUGUAUGGGCAGUCGGAUUCGCCCUGAUAAGAGACACAAUUCCUCCAGAGAAGUUCGGCCGGGUCAUUGGGAUCCUUGGGAUGGCAUCCAGUGUUGGAAGUAUGACUGGCCCAUUGCUUGGUGGGUUAUUAUAUGAACGAGGUGGCUACUAUGCAGUCUUCGGACUGUCUUUCGGCGUCAUCGGUCUCGACGUAAUACUUCGCUUCCUGCUCAUAGAAAAGCGCCAGGCCGCGAAGUGGCUCGCGGCUUCCGGGGUACAACUGCAGCUGGAAUCUCAGGGUAGGUCGUCCCAAUUGAUCGAACCGCGGGAUGAAGAAAGCGAAACUGAAGAUAUGAAUCGUAUCCAAACGCCUGUGGAAUCAGUUGCUCCAAUAUGUUCCAGCAGUUGGGGGCUGACAUUCCUGCUUCUGCGAUCUCCUCGUCUUGCGAGUGUUUUGGGCGGAUACAUGGUGAUCGCGCUUAUAGGAGCAUCGUUCAACACUAUCCUCCCUUUGUGUGUAGAGGAAACAUUUGGAUGGCAGCAAAUGGGACAAGGCCUCAUCUUUAUUCCGCUCGCUGCCCCCCAUGCGUUUAAUCCAUUAAUAGGGAGGAUCGUGGACCACAGCCGACGCUCGAGCCGCUAUUUCGCCGCUGGAGCCAUGUUUCUCUCCGUUCCUGUAUACGCUCUUCUACGACUUGUAGAUCAAAACUCACUCGGUCAGAAAGUGCUAUUGUGUGCAUUGCUUGCCCUCAUCGGACUGAGCCUGGCUGUGUGCAUGCCACCAUUGAUGAUAGAGGUAUCGUUCGAACUUAGUCGCCUGGAACAGAAUGACCCAAGUCUCUUCAGCGGGGGAGGUGCAACAGCUCAGGCAUACGGAAUGUUGAAUUCCGCAUGGGCGACAGGUAAUCUGAUUGGGCCGUAUCUUGCUGGAUACGUUAAAGAAGCAGCUGGGUGGGGUACGAUUACCUGGGUGCUUGGACUGGUAGCUGGAAUUACCUCUUUGCCCUUGUUUCUUUAUCUUGGCGGUUGGAUUGGGCAGACCACUCGUGCACAUGCCGAAUGA